AUGACCCUUGAGUGGCUCGAGGGACGUCUCGUGGAUGCUGAGUGGGACCGUGCAACAAAGAAUUCGUCGCUCCCUGCUGAUGGUGCUUAUGUCGUUCAACCUGGACCCUCCAAGCCUCAUUCCAGCACCUCUACCACUUCCUGUCACUAUUGCAAGGCUGCUGGUCACGCCAUCACCAAUUGCCCUCAGCUCGAAAAGAAGAAGCGCAGGCAGCAGCUACAGCAACAGCACCAGUCGCCAUACCUGCCGCAGUCUACAUACCAGCCACAGUCGCAGCCGUACCAGCCCCAACAGCCACAGCAGAUGCCAUUCCGUUCCCUCGCUCAAAGCUCGCCCAACAAGGCAGCUGCACACACCGCCCUCCCACCUCUGGCAUAUCCUGCCCACCUGGCCCAGCCUCUCCUUCCCUCUCCUACCUCUGACGUUACCUCACCAGCACUCGCGGCUUCUCAUUUGUCAUCCACGCCACUGUCAUCUUCGAUUGAUUCUCGCUAUGCCGAUGUCACCGCCGCGCACUUACUCCCUACCUCUUGGCUGCCGUCCCUCCCAUCGCUACUACUCCUCAUCUCCUUUCUCCUCUGCCUUUUCUCCAUCCUGCUCCAGCGGCCUCUCGCCUCCGUCCUCACCAGCUCUCCUUCUUCCUCCUCCUGGCUCCUUGACUCCGGCGCAUCCUCGCAUCUCUGCAAUGAUCCUCAUCUAUUUUCCUCCCUCCGUCAACCAUUUCCUGGUAGUGGCGUCCGGUUUGGCGGUGGGGAGCAGUACCCUGCCCACGGCAUUGGGGACAUUCUUGUCUACGCCCGUCACAACAACCAUACCCAUCCUAUCACCCUGAGGGAUGUCCUAUACAUUCCCCAGACUGUUCAUAAUAUCAUCUCUGUUCGUAAGCUGAAAGAUGAAGGACUCACUACCCACUUCCCUCUUCAUGCUCCUGCCCAAGUGUUCCGAGGCUCCACGCCUUUCACCCUUCCCACUUCCCUUCAGAAGCCAGCCUCCACACCCACUUCCUCACCUCUUCUAUUUCCUCCUCUUCCAACCCCGACUGCCCAAGACUUUCAGCUCAACUUCUCUGACCCCUCUGUUAACACCAUCCUUGACGAAGAUCGCGAGUCCGCCCAUUUUUUUCACGACUUUGCCUACAUUGCUCUUCAUUCCCACUACGAGCCACCUACAAUUACUGCUGCCCGCUCUUGCCCCGCUGCUCCCCAAUGGCUUGCUGCUGCUGACGCUGAAAUUACUGCACUCCUGGCCAACCGCACUUACAGCAUUUUGCCCAAACCGCCCGACUGCACUCCUAUCCCUUGCAAAUGGGUUUUCAAGGUUUAG